AUGGACUGGGUGCCUAAGGUGGAAGCAAUCCGCGUUUUGGCUGGUUGCAGGACUAGUGAUGCAGAAGCCAGCACAGCAGAGCCUCAUCCACGUUGUCGGCCUGCCCGAUGGGGUGGUAGUACAGGUAUCGGUCCGUACCAUGGACCAGGAGUGUCUGGAAGGCUCCACGGUAAAUGUGCUGUCCGAACUCCGCGGACUGUCCGGGACGGACAUAGUUCUGCCGACCUCAUUCCGGCAAUCACCAAUCAAUUUAACAAUCAAUCAAAUGAUUCCUUGUACGAGUGUAUUGGAGACUACUCGGUCCCGGUCAGUCGAUCUCUAUCGAGCUGCUGCGAGCUAGGCAGGCAGCUGCCUUCCUUCGCACGGGUAAUUGUGGAGGAAGAAUUGAUUGAUGGGUUGAUUGAUUGCUGUCACCUCGUGGCAAAAGCUCGGGAUUUACUGCGGCUCGACCAGCUCCGUGUUCAGAACACUAGUAUGGAGUACUGA